CCAACCGCAGCUUCGCCUGCAGCCGGGGGCCGAAGGGGCAUGGGUCGGCGGUGAGCCCGGGCAGCCAGCAGCUCCGCCGCCGCGCCGCCGCCGCCGCCGUCGCUGCAGCACCGCAGAAUCCGAGCCCGUCGCUGCACGGCCCGCCAGGGCUAACGAAGUUGGUGGAAGGUGUCGGCCCUGAAGGAUGGUGCCUUUGGCUGUUGACAUCACGUUGAGAAGUGACCUGAGCGAGCAGUCGACGCAGGGCGCGCGCCAUGUUCGAGCGGGACGGCGCCCUGAUCAUCCUAAGCCACAACCCUGAGCAGGAAAUCGCCUUCACCCUGGAGGCCCUCACGCAGGCGGCCAUCAUCUUCUCGCUGGGGGUCGCCAUCGUCGUCUCCAAUGUCCUCGUCAUCGCCACCUUCCUCACGGCCCACGGGCCGAAGGAGGUGAUCAACUACUACCUGCUGUCGCUGGCGGUAGCCGACCUGCUAUGCGGGCUGCUGGUGGUGCCUCUGUCGGUGUACCCGGCGAUCGUGCAGCACUGGGUGUACGGCGACAUGGUGUGUCGGCUGACCGGCUACGUGGAAGUGACUCUGUGGAGCGUGAGUGUGUACACGUUCAUGUGGAUAAGCGUGGACCGGUACCUGGCGAUCCGCAAGCCGCUGCGCUACGACACGGUGCAGACGAAGACGCGCUGCCAGUGCUGGAUGGCGUUCACGUGGAUCUCGUCGUGCAUGCUGUGCUGCCCGCCGCUGCUCAACUACAGCACGCCGCACUUUGACCCUGAGGCCUACGUCUGCCAGCUCGACUGGGACAACAUGAUGGCCUACUCGGUCACCAUGGCCAUCCUCGUGCUCGGCCCUUCGCUCAUCACCAUCUUCUACACCUACGGCUACAUCUUCACCGUGAUGCGACGCGUGCGAUCCGGCGUGCCCAUCCACGACCGCGAGUACGCCACAGCGCUCGCAGAGAACCUGUCCAACCCCAGCCACGUCAUGUCCUUCGUCCUCAUCUGCUCCUUCUGGCUCUCCUGGGCGCCCUACGCUGGCGUCAGGCUCUACGAGUACUGCACCGGCCUCAGGUUUCAGGUGCCGAUGCUGCACUUCACGAUCGUGUGGGUGGGCGUGCUCAACUCGUUCUGGAAGUCGCUGAUCUACGUGACGAUGAGUCCGUCGUUCCGCGUCGGCAUGCGCAUCUUCUGCCUCAGCCUGUGCUGCAGGUACAAGGGUCGCAGGGACGACCUCUCCGACGACGAGUAGCUGCUGUUGUUGUAAAAUUGUUGUAGCCGCCGCCGACGCCAUCCUCCCAGCCGACCACGCGAGAGAGAUAGAAACAAAAUAAAUCCUCGCGCUCUCAGACGAAAGAAAGAAACGGCGGCGACGAAACUUUGGAGAGCGAUUUCCCUCCGGGGCUUGUUCUAAAUGUGCAGAAGUCAAUGUCAGAGAGCAGGAAAACUGUCUAGCGGGCUUUCAUCGGCAAUUACUAUAAAUAAUAGAGAUACAACUCAUUUGAACGCACUUCGACCUCUCGAAUGGAAAAGUGGAAAUUAAGAAUAGCAUUUAAUGCAGCAAUAAUUUUACGAACCACACGCAGAGGAUGAAUAAUCGACCGUCGCCAUUCCGAGGGGGAGAAGCAAGGGGUGGCGCGAUUUUGAGUUUCUAGCGAGAGAUCAAAAAAGCAUGGGCGACGCGACACAAUCAUUUUCCAUUUAUUACUUUUCGAUUAUUGCACAAUUGUUGAGUAAAAAUUAGAAGGAUCGAACGAGCUUUCCCGAGCGAAUAUUAUACUAAAAUUGAAACAAACGCGCGCGUUAUUCUUGUCCAGAAGAGUGAUCAAAGUGCAGCAAAGCGGUAUAAAAUUGUGAACCUUUUAAAAUCUUGAUGUUAGGCUUUUUGAUAUACUACAUAUAAUUCAGUGUGUUACCUAGGAAAGCAGCGGACGAAUUAUUUCCAACUCUCACGUAAUGUCGCGCGGCGAAUCGGAGAAAACGAUAUUUUUAGCAAUCAUGUCGUAUAAUCAAAUAUACAUAAUUAUACAUAUACUUACGGAAGCUAAACAAAAAGAAUCACUGUUAAAAGUGGCGUAGCGCGCGAGAGAGGAACUAUCGAAAAAAAGCAGACACAAUUGUUACUUGCAACGCGUCGUGUAAUUAUAUUUAUAGCAGCAGCAGCAGCAGCAGCAGAGACAAUACGUGCGAGGGAAAAUUGUAGCAGAAGCGAAUAUUUACACUAAUAUCGGUGUGUGUGUUCCAAUGUACUCGAUUGUUAUAUCAAGAAAAACUCUCUUCGCCGCUCAGCAGCCAGCGGAAUUGCCCCCCGCGCCGCGAGAGACAAUUAAUUAUAAUUAAAACUCUCAUCUCUCUCUAACUAUCUCUCUCACUCUCUCUCUGUACUCCCAAGUGUAUUAUAGCAUCCGUUCGUUCGUUCGUUGAAAGGCGCGUAGGUUUUUGAUAAAUAUAUCUAUUAUUACACUGUGUAUUCGAUAAAAUAAAGUAAAUCUAACGUGGCGGGGCAAUCCGAUACUUAAAUAUAUAAUACGAGUCGUUUCACCUCAGAAAAAUAUCCUUGUUGCUCAAGCAAUUGGUUCCUUUAUUUCCUCGAUAAAAUUAGAGGGAAAACCGAAACUACGCAGUUGAGCAAUACAAAAUAAAACGACGCAGUUUACACGGGAAAUCGACCUUUGUUUUUUGGUGAUUGGCGGAAAAGCGCCGGGCCUACUUGAAUUUGGGUUGAAUAACAGAAAACUCGAUCAAAAUGAGGCGUGCAAAUUAAUUUGCCAAUUUCUCCGUCAGCCAGAAUGCACUUCCUUUUAAAAUUUUCAUUCUUGUUAUCUGAUAUUGGAUUUAAAUUUCUGGAAGUUUUGGAAAGGGAAGCAACUGCUAAUCAGAGCUCUCGUUACGACUUCCCCUCUUUCUAAAAGGGCGCAAAAAUUCCGAUUUCGUCACGGAAAACGCAGGUCGUGGCCGUGAGCAGGUGAAAAGAAAAAGAAUAAUAAUAAUUGCUGCUGAGUCACGCGCGGGGAGCGGCGAAAUCAUCUCGUGUAAUCAAAAACACCAAUCCUCCUGAUAUAAAUAACACAUAUAUGCAAUUAUAUACAUACGAAAAAUUAGUGCGUGUGAUCCCCCCCUGAAUGUGGCGCCAAAUUAGCCGUUUGGAGAAAAGUGAGUGUUUUCAUUUGCAUUGUUGUCGUGUUCCACCAAUACAAGACAAGGAAAAAAAAUUUGAUUAAUUAAAACAAGCAGAGUUAAGCGCAGUCAGCAGCAAACAUAAAAAAAAUUUAGGCUCAACAAGUGUGUGUUUUCGCGUCGCGGAAACACGAGAGAAUAUCCUAACACACGAGAGAAGCAAAAGCAAGCAAGCAAGCAAGAAAAGUAAGAAAAAGCGUCGUUCAAGCAGCAGUUGCCUUAUAGUGUAAUCAUUUUUAUUGAUUGAUUGUUGGCUCAAUAAUGUGAUAUCUCCUAAUCAUCGUAGCGAAACCCCUGAAUCGAUCGUUCAUAAUGUAUAAUAUGUAAUUGUAGAGCGAACAGUGCGUGUAUAAAAGAAAAUAAUGUAACAAAAAAUCUCUCAAUGUGUCUGCUUACAGGAUAUAUAUACUGUAUAUGAAAAAGAAAACAAACUUCAAAGUAUAUAUAUCGAAUCGAUCGAUCAAGUAGUUGUCAAUUGCACUCUGUGUCUCCGCAAAAGAAAGAAAAAUUGGUGUCGGUUUCAUUAGCCACAGCGUUCAUGUUCCAGACUGAAUAUAAAGUAAUUAUUUUAAGCCCGUUUUGUAAACACACACUCACACUCACGUAGUCAUUCCAUAUUUUUAAUAACUAGCGCACCACCACGCGAAACGAAAGCAACGCAGCGCAACAAGCAUUUUCCGGCAGCCAAAGAGCACUGUCCAAGCAAGCGGCUUCGAUUUUAUUUUAAUAAUAAUUCUCUGUUAUUUAAUUAGUGUUGGCAGCUGCAAGCUGAUGGCAAAUUGUGUUUUUUGAUUAGGAAUUUUGUGCAUUCUAGACAAAAUAUAUGUAGACCCUCUGUUUGAUUUUGAGGCUUCAAAAGAAAAAGGCGUCGUUCAUGCAGCAUUCCACCUAAUUCGGUGGGUAUUAAAGGCCAAAUUUGAACUUCUAAUGGUUUUUGGUCAGACCAAUGUCUUGUCGGUCUUUUCUUUUUGGGCAGAUGAUUUCAAUUCACCAUUUAAAAGCCAUAAGUGUACAAAGCAGCAAAUAUAGAUGGCGCCACCGGUUACUUCCGAUUUCAAGGCACGCCGCCUCCAAUUUCAGACUAAAUACCACAAUGAAUUCUGCGUUUAAAAUCAUUUCUUAUUUGUGCUAUAAACAAAAAUUAGUUCAACCAAUCGCGUCGUAAAAGCUUAAAAAUUGUUUAAAGUUUCUACAACAAUUGGCCGAACCAACGUUUGGUUUAAGCACAUCUACAGAAUUAAUUUUAAGAGCAGAAUGGGUUGGAAAUAAGCGGCAGAAAUUGUGUUGAUUUUGUAUUUUUACAGUGACGCCAUCAUUUGGAAGCUUCAAACUUCAGAGAGCUUUCACAAAUGGUGAAUUUAUUUCAAACAAACUUCAAUCCGACAUGAAAUUUUGCAGCAAAGCCAAUAAAAAAUAUUAAAUCUGUGUGGAGAUGGUCGCAGAACCUAUUCAACUCCUUUAUUGUCUCUAAAAUCAGGCAGUGGCGCCAGCCAGUGGAGGCUGUUAGCACUAAACAUACGUUUGUGUAUUUCGUUUUGAACUAUAGCAAGCAUCCCACAUGCUUCAAUGUAAGAAAAUGCUUGUUCCAGCGUUGAAUUUUGGAUAUUACAUGUUGAAUUGUUGUUACUUUUUAUACCUUGGAAAAGUUUAUUAUUGAAAGACGAGAAAAACGAGCGAGGGAAGCAGAGAGAACAUAAUUAAAUACACGCGUUAUUUUAGUUUUUGUGUCUCCGCCGACUUUGGUUUUCUGGGGCGAACUUGGAGCUGUGUGUGCGUUUGAGUGCGUCUGUCUGAUGGCCAUUUGAGAGUGAGAGCGGGAGGCUGCUACCUCUCGCUCCAGCUUUUGUUACUUACGAAAGUGCCGCCGGUAGGGCCGCCGUGUUUCCAAGAAGGCCUAGCAGUCGUGCUGUAUAAAUACGUGUUUCAUUCACACACAAGCAAACACACACAAACAUGUCAAAAGAAAAGGGUGGACGCCGUCGUGUAACUCAAAAACCAAAGUAAUCAACAAACGCUGUUUUUAUUGAGCAUCCUCGUUUUUUGAAAUGUAUAUUCACGCCACGAUGAAUGAUACUCUGAUUUAUAAUGACGUUUCUUCAAAAUAAAGGGAUAUCUGAGAGUAACCAG